UCGUGAUUUGUGGUUGGUUGUGGAUGCUUGUGUUUUUAUGUUUGUAUUUCUGCCAGCCUGUAAUAUUUCCGAAAUUGAAAAAUAAUGUAAAAUACGAAUUGGAGUAAUUAAUUAUUUCACUAUUUUCGUAGUUUAACUCAAAAUCAUGGGUGUACCAGCGUUUUUCAGGUGGUUAAGUUCAAAAUACCCCAGUGUGAUUGUUAAUUGUGUGGAACAAAAACCUGUUGAUGUCAAUGGAGUGACCAUACCAGUAAACUCGGCAGAACCAAACCCAAAUGGCAUCGAAUUCGAUAAUUUAUACCUAGAUAUGAACGGUAUAAUUCAUCCUUGCACUCAUCCAGAAAGUAAGCCAGCACCGAAAAACGAAGAUGAGAUGAUGGUAGCAAUUUUCGAAUGUAUCGAUAGAUUAUUCAGAAUUGUAAGACCUAGGAAGUUGCUGUAUAUGGCCAUCGAUGGUGUGGCACCCAGGGCUAAAAUGAAUCAGCAGAGAUCUAGGCGUUUUAGGGCAUCUAAAGAAACUGUUGAGAAAAUUCAGGAGGUAAAAAGGAUAAGGGCUGAAUUGCUGUUAAAGGGCUGUGUUUUACCACCUGAAAAGCCAAAAGAAGACCAUUUUGAUUCUAAUUGUAUCACUCCAGGUACUCCGUUUAUGGCUAGGCUGUCGGAUUGUCUAAAUUAUUAUAUUCUUGAGAGACUUAAUAACGAUCCUGGAUGGCAAGGUAUUAAGGUUAUACUCUCUGAUGCAAACUGUCCUGGAGAAGGUGAACAUAAGAUAAUGGACUAUAUAAGAAAGCAAAGAGCUCAACCAGAUCAUGACCCAAACACUCAACAUUGCUUAUGUGGGGCUGACGCAGAUUUGAUUAUGUUAGGUUUAGCUACACAUGAACCUAAUUUCACCAUUAUUCGUGAAGAAUUUAAACCAAAUCAACCAAGACCAUGUGAAAUUUGUGGUCAAAUUGGUCACGAAAUGAAAGACUGCGUAGGAGGCUGUAAGUCGGAGCAUGAAUCAUCAAGUGUUUCUUUAGGAUCAGAACCAGAUUUCAUCUUUGUGAGACUGAAUGUCUUAAAAGAAUAUCUUCGAAAAGAUCUCGUUAUGCCGAAUUUACCUUUCGAAUAUGACUUUGAAAGAGUGAUAGAUGAUUGGGUGUUCAUGUGCUUUUUCGUUGGUAAUGAUUUUUUGCCCCAUCUGCCUAGUUUGGAAAUCAGAGAAGGGGCUAUAGAUAGAUUAGUACGUCUAUACAAAGAUUGUGUUUAUAAAACGGGGGGCUAUUUGACUGAUAGUGGUGAUGUUAAAUUGGAGAGAGUUCAGAUGAUAAUGUUGGAAUUAGGAAAAAUGGAAGAUGAAAUUUUUAAAAAUCGACAACAAAAUGAGCUUAAAUUUAAGGCUAGACAAAAAGCAAGAAAGAGGCAGCAGGCAUAUAAUGAAUUUAAACCAAAUUGGAAUUUGGUAAAAGGAACUCAAUUUGAACCAAAGGCUAUUGGACAUCAACAGACAUUGAAAAAUGUAAGAGAUGAGGCAUAUAGUAUUAGAAAAGCAGGAAUGCAUACGCAAUCCAAAGUUGAUAUCAAGCUUCAAACGACAAAUGCUAAAACAGCGUUGGAGGCAAUGUUCAGACCUGCUGGUAGUUCAAGUUCAGGUAAUGACGAACCUAGAGGACAAAAACGAACACACGACGAUGACGAUUCUGAUGAUGAUCAGGCUCACGACGAAGUUAGGUUGUGGGAAGAUGGAUUCAAAGAUCGAUAUUAUGAGUCUAAAUUUGACGUUGAACCUGGCAAUGUAGAGUUUAGGUAUUCCGUAGCAUUACAUUAUGUUCGAGGAUUAUGCUGGGUGCUUCGAUACUAUUACCAAGGCUGUGCUUCAUGGAAAUGGUACUUUCCGUACCAUUACGCGCCGUUUGCAUCUGAUUUUUGUAAUAUAGCAGGAUUAAGUACUGAAUUCGAAACUGAUACAAAACCGUUUAACCCACUGGAACAACUUAUGGGUGUUUUCCCAGCUGCCAGUUGCAAGCAUGUACCUGGACCAUGGGCCGAAUUGAUGUCGGAUCCGGAUUCCCCGAUCAUCGAUUUUUACCCAGAAGAUUUCAAAAUUGACUUGAAUGGUAAGAAGUUCGCCUGGCAAGGUGUGGCUUUACUCCCGUUUGUAGAAGAGACAAGGCUCUUCAAGGCAUUAGAGCCCUAUUACCUAAAGUUAUCUCCAGCCGAGAUCAAGAGAAAUAUUAGAGGAGACGAUAAAUUAUAUGUAAACCCCAAAAAUAAGGCGUUUGAUACAAUGUCGGGUUUGUACAAUCAGAAAGUGGACAAUGAUGCUGAGUGUGCUGUUUCUUUUGAUGGUAUGAGAGGAACUAUUCUAAUAUCAGAGAUAAAUGUUGUCGUUGGAGGGGGCUUGAAUUCUCCUGUAUCUGAUUUAGAACCGAUCACUGAAAACAAAGUAUGUACUGUAAGAUACCGGGAUCCAAAAUAUAACAAAGGAUUUAUAUUUCCUGCUAAAAGACUCGAAGGAGCCAAAGAUCCUCCUACAGUUUUGAAACCAGGCGAUCUUAGUAGAGAAGACAAUAGGAAUUGGAGACCACAAAUUGGAAUGGCCAGAUCCAACACAAGGGCAACAUUGGACGUUUCCGGACAUAGAACACUCUCACAUCACGUACCUCGAGGUGGAUAUUCCAGGGGCCAGUAUGGUAAUGUUCCUCCACCAAAGAAUUUGGACAACAGGAAUUCUUACAAUGAUUACAGAAAUCAGAGACAAGGUUAUAAUAACUACCAACAUUCAUACAACAGCAAUUAUAGCAACAACUACGGAAAUCAGAGCAGUUACGGCAACCGCGGCAACCACAACCAAUACGGAAACCAAGACAGGUCUUACAAUCGGGAUCGGGAUCGACAGGGAAGACCUCCAGGGCCCUACAGGGAUAGAUACGAAACGGGAAACAGAUAUUCCAGAAGAUGAAUUGCAAUUUACAAAAAAGGUCCACUAUAUACGAACCUUCGGGUUCUAAUACAAUACGUUUAGUUUUCGAUUAGAUAUAAGCGAAUGAAGCGAUGUUUAGUCGCUGAAUGACAGCGUAGGACGGAGCAACGGAAUUAAAAUCGGCGACAAUCAGGCACGGUUCUUAAACUUACAACGGUUGCCUACUCCGACUAACCAAUGAACAUUAAGCCCGCCAUUACGUCACGAGAGUACAGUAAUUUGAAUCGUAAUAUGAUUAAUCGGUAUUUUUAUGUCUAAUGUAUGGAGAAUAGUAAAUAUAGUUAUGAAAUAAAGAUAUUUAGUGGAUUAUAAUGCCUAAUUAUGAAAAUCUGUUGAUAUUUGGUUGGAUUGGUAUUCAAAAUUUAUCAGGAACGGUUGUUCACGUUUAUCCAGCGGUUAUUGCAAGAUUUACGGAAAUCUACGUCUUCAAUCUCCAUUCUACACUGAAAAUUUGUCGCUUAUACUGAAUUUCCAUCAAACCUUACUUAGAGAAUCAGAAUUACUUGUAUAAUUUAUUGUAAGAAUUUAAAUAAUAGGUACCUAUUCCACACUACAGCCUGUACCUGCCAUUCUAAAAUGUCAUAAACUUUAUUAUUACGUUAAUACAUAAUAAAAUUUUUAACGUUUUAACCUACCUUAUAAAUCUAUAUUCUUAUUUAAGCUCCUGCAAUAGGUACGAUGUACAACUAUAAUAAAUAACUUUUCAUGGAUAAUUCAAAAUAUGUUUUUACGGGAAACAACACCAAAAUUUCAAAUACAAAAAUAUAGAGUAAACUAGGAUAUAUAAGAUAAAUAAUAACACCAAUAAUACACAGUAUACACUCAAAGAUCGAAGAUCAUUACCACAACAAACUGUGAUAAAAAUGAGUUUGAGUACUCUUGUGACGUAAGUCAAGCAUUUAAAUGUCCCCAUCCCAGUCGGAGUAGGCAUCCGUUGUAAGUUAAGAACCGUGACAGUCAGGCGCACUAGCGUGGGAAGUGGGGACCUUAGAAUAUAAAAUAAAUCAGGAAGGAGUACAAUGCGAAAUGACUACGAGCCAGGAAGGAGGUUGCAAAUGCCGAUGAGCUGUCAGGUUUGCUUUCUAUCUCCAGUGACGUACCUUUGAAAGAGGGAAGAAAAGAAAUUCUUAACGAUUUUAUUACAUCUUUGAUGUUAAACAAACAGCUACAGAUCAAGAGAAAAUACGUAUUAAUAUAAUAUUUUGUUGAAAAGUCAGUUAAAUAACAUUUUUUUAUACUAAAUAACUUCAGUUAAUUGAUUGCAUAUACAGGAGCUUUACCAGAUGGUACGCCUAUGCACACAGCUGAUCCAAUACACAAACACCUUCUACCUCGUUGACAAAAACUUAUGAGUCAUCCACAGACGUUCAAGAUGGCCGGUUCUGCUAGAAAUUUAAGGUGUUGUUGAUAUAUGAAAGACUCCUUCCUGUUUUUUUAUAUUCUAAGGUGGGGACCGUCUCUUACUCGACGGCGUACAGUGUUGCCAUUUAUAGGUCGUAUAUCUAAUUUGAAACUAAACAUGCUGUAUAAUAGUUACGAACGUUUGAGAUCUCUAAUUUUGUUAUGAAAUAAAAUUAUUGUGAAUGGUGUGCGUGUGUACACGAUCAUUUUAGUGAGUUUCUCUUUGUACAAUGUUUAAAAUAAGAUUUUUUAACCCGGUUUUUUUUUCACGACUGGUUUUAACGUACAUACUACCAGAUAAGUAAUUUUUAAUACAGUUACAUAUUUUUAUAUUUGCCACAGAAAUGCUGGUCUCCAAGAGUAGCUUUUCUACAGAACAAGCAGUUCUGUAUAUGAGGUGCAAAAUAUAUAUUUUAUAUACGAUUCUUCAGUGCAAUACUGCAACAAUCCAAAUUUGGUUUGUUUUAAUCGGUUUUUUUGCUUAAUUUGUCAUUAUGAACGUGUAUGGUUUUUACUACAAAAAUAUGGUUACGUCAUUGUCACCCCACACAACUAGCUCUAUACAUGAUAUGCAAAAUAUAUAUUGUAUAUGAGAUUCUUCAAUAUACUCAUGCAUCAAUCCAAAUUUGGUUUGUUUUAAUCUACUUUUUUGCUUAAUUUGUCAUUAUUAGCGUGUAUGAUUUUUUACUACAAAAAUAAGGUAAAAGUAAGCUUACGUCAUUCAAGAUUUCUGACGUCAAAACCCCACAGCGUUGCCAAAACAUUAGAAUAGUAAAUAAGUGUCGGGAAUUUUCCAAAUAUCAACUUUUUAAGAAUACACUAUCCGCUAGGAGGGUUGACAUGGAGGGGAUAUUGACAUGUCGACAGUGCUUCUCGUGGUGGCAUAAUUUGUAAGCUGCCCCCCACUUUUUCUUCACUAUAUUUUCUUACCUUAGUAAUGAAAUCCACCUCUCCUUUUCAACCAGAUCCUUUGGAAACAAAGAAUCUACAUAUCCCUCUUUCACUAUGAUUGUCUAAUCUAUUUAAUAAAUAUUAUUAUUUUUCUUAGUAUAAAUUAAAACAGUUAUUUCAUAAAAUUUAUAUUAUUAAUAAUAAACAAUGUUUUUGAUUAUGUAAUCAGUAUAAUUCUAAAAUUCUCAAUAUAAUCACGAUUAUAUUUUUCUUAUUAUAAUACCGUGUUGACACUUGUAGAAGAUCGAUCAUUCCGUAUGGGUGUCGUAUAUUUAGAUGUGUUUAAAUCUAUGAAGGUUGAUGUUAUGAAAAUUUUAACGAUAACUGAUGUAGCCUGAUUCUUGUAGUAAAAAAAAACCAUGACCUCGAUUUAUGACCCGUCGCUUCGUUAUCGAACGUAUUUGCUUCGUAUCUGUUUAGUGUACGGAUAGCGCAUGAUCGAUAACGAAGCGAAGGGUCAAAAAUCGAGGUCUAUAUUUGCUGUGAGCUCUAAGGUAGAGGGGAUAUUUAAAAGUUCGUGAGCGCCAGUAGUGAUAAGUCGGUGAACUUCGGUUGGAAAUUUGACAUAAAUGUCAAAAGGAUGAAUUUAAAGCAUUGAAAUUAAAAACAUUAAUAGGAAAAAAUAUUAGUUGGCCAGAGCUGUAGCAUAUAUUUUUACCUUAAAUAUACAUACGUUUAAAAUACUGAAAUUUGGUUUCUUAACAUUUUAUAAUAUAAUUAAUCUAUUAAUCUAGCGCCAUCUACACGAUAAUUAUGAAAGUAUCGAAAGUACGAAAGAAGGAAACUAAUAUUGGCAGUCAGUAUAACGUUAAAAUGGUAAGUAAAAUCUUAAAAGAAUAAUCAUAAUGAAUCAUAAAUUACUUCUUUGCGUUGUAAAUAUUACACGGUAAGAAUUAAAUAAUGAGUUUGAAACAAUUAUUCGCUAUUAUUGGUAAUACUUUUCUCAUUCAAAUUUCCAACCGAAGUUGCACUAGUAAUCCGCUAGUUGGCGAUACCAGCGAAGUUCACAGCGAAUAAAAACUGUCUUCUCCAAUGUUAAUGCCUAUAUAUCUGCAGUUUUCUAUCGCUUCUUGCACAUGAAUUUUAAACAUUGUAAGGAACAAGCGACCAUCUCUAAGGCUUUUGUCAACUUUAACACGUCAUUACACGCGCUCGCGGCAAUUUGCCGCAGUUCCAAAAACUCUCAAAACCCGUCACAUAAAAGGAAAAAAUAGAACAACAAUAUCAAUUCAGACUUGAAAAUAGAAUAUACACAAUUUAAUAAUAUUUGGUUAAUUUUAAGCGGCAAAUUGCUAACAGGCGUGUACUUGCGUACCAAACAUGGCGCUCGUAAUGACGUGUUAAACGAACUUGUAAAGUUGUUUCAAGUUGACUAGAGAAACCAAUACAUAUCGCACCUCUACAAAUAUGUAGUGUCACAACUCAAAAAAAAAUAAAAACGGUUUUAUUGCACCAACAGUUUAAUAAAACUACAAAAUCUUAUCUCACAACGUGUUACGUUUAUAGUUCAAGUAUUUCUCAUUCAUCAUCAUCAUCAUCACACAGCCAAAUUUGUCCACUGUCGGACAUAGGCCUCCUCAAGAUGUCUCCACCCUUCUCUGUCCUGCGCAGCUACAAUCCAGUUUGUCGCUAUUCUUUUAAUUUCGUCGGUCCAUCUGGUAGGGGGUCUUCCACGACUUCGCUUGUCUGCCCUUGGCCGCCACUCUAAAAUCUUCUUUGUCCAUCAGAUGGACAAAGAAGAUUUGUCAUUAGAUGACACUAAAAGUAUCUUUUUAUUGAGUCAUUAUAUGAUUAACCAAAAUCAACGAUGCACCGAACAUAAACAGUGUCACAUAUCGACUUGUGGAAGGCAUUUGUCCAUCUAAGAUGUGUAUAAAGCAUCGUUUGUCGAGUUAAGACAGUAUAUGUCGCACCCUCAGUAAUAUAGAGGCACAAUUCAAAAAAGUAGAUUUUUGGAAAAUCGCGUUUAAAGAUUCUGGUUUCCAAAAUUACAGCUAUUUUUUCAAAUAUCAUGCUUAUUAUUUAAGUUAUAAAUGAGAAAUUUUGCAGAUUUGUUAUUUGAUAAUUGCACUAUUAAUAGCGAUGAGAAAAAAAUUAAUAUAAAUAAAUUCCAUUAAUUACAUUUCAAGUUAGUCCCAUAUAGUACAAAAAAACAUAACAGAAAUAAGGAACUGUUUAAGUUUGAUCCCUUAUAUUAUUAAUACCCUGUCACUGUUUAUGCAAAAUGACGAUCUAUUAUGAAUUAGACCUAUUUAUUUAUUAUAUUUUGCAUUAUAUAACGGCUCAACUAAAAUGUAUUCUAUAUAAUACAAAACGUUAAAACACAAACUAGCCAGGAUUUUCGUCAUAGAAAGACAUGUUACUGAUUGCUCCAUUGUAGCAGUAAAAACCAGAGGGGGCCGGGGAGAGUGAGAGAGAGAGGCAUAAAUAUAUUUACCGAACCAUUCAUGUUCUUUUUCUCCCUCUGUCAAUGCUAACCGGUAGAGAAUUUCAUUUUGUGCCCAUAUCAUUCAAAAUCACAAUUAACACAAAUUUUGAGUUGAGCCCUUAUAUUACUGAGGGUACGAUGUGAUUACUUUAUUCAAAACAAUCUGCGUAUGUGCUCAAGAAAAGUGACACAUUUAUCACUUAUUUGUCUUUUUUUUUUCAGUACUUUGUGUUUAAUGUUGUUAUGUACUUAUAUUUAAAGUUACAUCAUUAAAAAGUAUAAGUCUGUUAACCAGAUAAUUAUAAUGAUAUUAUGUUCUCUACUGCAAGAGCCACUUUUGAUAAAUAACAUUUCGUAAAUGUUUCGGUAUUUUAUCUGUAUAGUGUCACAACUCAAAAAAAAAUAUGUUUUUUUAAAUUUUUUGCAGCAUUAAUCACUAUUUUGUAGAGCUUCAAAAACCUUUGUACCUGACUAAAAUAGUUACACUAAUUUUAAUAGUUUUUGAACUAAAGCCGGAAAAGUUCUAGCACAAAUUUUAAACAUUGUUUUCUAUAUACGUUGCUUUUUUGACUUGUGACACUGUUUGAGCGGAGGUGCGAUAUGUAGAGGCGGCUUAUAGCAAGAUUUGGGCGACUUAAAAACAAAACAAUAGACUUUUUUCGUUGGUACAGUAUUGCAUUGGUGCUUCGAAUGAACCACGCAUUGCAAUUAAUUUGUAAUGAUAAAAGGUAGGAACUUUUUUCAACAAAAGUUAGGAGUUGAAAGAAGCAGUAAUUUAAUGUGUUUGUCAAAUUGUUACAAGGUGUUUGGAAAUAAAGUGUAUAAAACAAAACUUUUUGUAUUGUACCUCAAAAGUAUCUUUUGUCAUAAAAAUAUAAAUAAAAAUUAUAGUCUCAAA